AUGUCUGCCGAACCAACAAAACUCGAGGUCCCUAAGACCGGGGAACGACCCGAAUCCACAACUUCAACACUGCGAGGAGAAGACAAUCUUCAGGAGAAGAAGAAAGAAGAGGGACAGCUUGAUGAGGAUAUCGAGACUGGCACUGUUCAGGGCAACACUGAUAGUGAUGAACCCGGUGAAGAUGAAUACCCCACGGGCAUCAACAUGUUCUUCAUCGUCCUGGCUCUAGUUAUGGCUGUCUUCCUCUUCUCCCUUGACUUGACCAUUGUCGCAACAGCUAUCCCCAAGAUCACUGAUGAGUUCAAGGGUCUUGACAAGGUCGGAUGGUAUGGCGCUGCCUUCUUCAUGACUGUCGGUGCCUUCCAGUCAACUUGGGGUAAAAUCUACAAGUACUUCCCGCUCAAGACAUCUUUCAUCGUCGCCAUUCUCAUCUUCGAGCUCGGCUCCGUCAUCUGUGGCGCCGCUCCCAAUGCCGAAGCCCUCAUCACUGGCCGUGCCAUCGCCGGCGUUGGUGGUGCCGGUCUCGGUGCCGGAGCGUACACCAUCAUCGGUUUCUCUGCCCCUCCCAAGAAACGACCUGCUUUCACUGGUAUCAUCGGUGCUGCCUACGGUAUCGCCAGUGUUAUCGGUCCUCUCCUGGGUGGUGCUUUCACCGAUCAUGUCUCUUGGCGAUGGUGUUUCUACAUCAACCUUCCCAUCGGAGGUGUCUCCGCCGUCAUCAUCUUCAUCUUCUUCAAGACUCCUCGUGCUGCGGUCCCUGUCAAGGCUCCUCUCCUUGAGAAGUUCCUCCAGAUGGAUCCCCUUGGCAUUAUUCUGAUGAUGGGUCUUACCAUCUCUUACAUCCUCGCUGUCCAAUACGGUGGUCAGGCUCACGCUUGGGACUCGUCUGUUGUCAUUGGUCUUCUUGUUGGCUGGGUUGCCAUCACCAUUGUCUGGGCCAUCUCCUGUUACGUCCAGGGUGAGCGUUCCAUGAUCCCCGUCCGAAUCCUCAAGAACCGUGUUGUCUGGGUCAUGAGCGCCUUCGCCUUCAUCUUUGCCGGAUCUUUCUUCCUCGCCAUCUACUACAUCCCCAUCUACUUCCAGUCCGUCCACGGCACGACCCCCACUGGCAGUGGUGUUCGCAACCUUCCCCUGAUUCUUGCAGUCACAUUCGCUACCAUCAUCAGUGGAGGUCUCGUCACCGCUACCGGCUUCUACCAGCCUCUACUCAUCGGCGGUGCCGCCGUUGCAACCAUUGGAGCUGGUCUUCUCUACCUCCUCGAUGUUGACACCUCUACGGGCAAGUGGAUUGGCUACCAGAUCGUGGCUGGUGUGGGUUGGGGUGUUGCCUUCCAGAUCCCCAUGAUUGCUGUUCAAGGUACUGUCGAUCCUAAGGAUCUUGCUUCUGCUACCGGUAUUCUUCUGUUUUUCCAAGGUCUUGGUGGUGCCUACAUCGUCUCUGCAGGUCAGGCUGCCUUUGUCAAUCAAAUGCUUCUUGAUGUUGGAGAGAAUGCUCCUCAAAUCAGCAAGGGUCGUCUGAUCCUCACUGGAGCCACCGCUCUCCGGGAAGCCUUCAACGCUGAGGAGCUAGUCAGUGUCAUCAACGGUUACAUGCAAGGAUUGAACGUCGUCUUCGCCAUUGCUGUUGCCUUUGUUGGUACAUCUUUCUUGAUCAGCUUGCUCACCCCCUGGAAGAAGCUCAACCUUGCAAACAUCACUGGUGGUGCUUAA